UGGGUAACGGAGCUUCUAGAGCACGGAGUCGAGGUGCUCAUUUACGCCGGCGACACCGACUGGCUAUGUACUUCACGGGGAAUGCGGUACUUCGUGGACAAUCUGGCAUGGACUGGCAGUGCCGUCUUCAUAUCUCUGUCAUAUCAUGAGGUUCUGGAACCCUGCUGGCGGGGCCGGUCCGUUUCCUACCGUGCUCGACGGUGCGUUGUAGGAUAUCAAAAGGCCUAUGAGAACUCCAGCUUCAUUGAAAUAACACAGGCGGGCCAUAUGACACUGGGCGAUCAGCCAGAAGUGGCGCUCGACAUGCUUCACGCAUGGGUGGCGGAUCAUAGAGGGCCCUGA